AUGGGCACGACACAGCAGUACUUACGUCUCACGUUCCACUCGCCUUCAACUCCUCUUGGACGCGAUCCACAGAUUACAGCCAGUCCGCAGACUGACGAUAGAAGACUGCUGAUUGCUAUCAGCGGACUGUCUCGAGAAGUUUGUGGCUCUGGAGUUAAACAGCGCGGGAGAGACGAACUCCGACAAGAGAAGACGGGUCCGCAAUCCCAAGUUUGCGGAAUCGGUACGUCGUCUUCACAACUCGGAGACGAAUUCCAGGCGCUACGAGCCAGAGCAAGGACUAAUCUCUCCUCGUAA